AUGGCAGCCAAGAACGGCUUUGUGCGCGCCAUGAUAUAUGACCAGAAUCUCUAUAUUAUUUCCAAGACUGGUGGUAUCUAUUCGCGAGAGUACGCCAUACUACACGCCAUCUACCGAAGCAUCAUCUCAGCACCCGAACGUCUUCCGAACAUCGAAUUUGCGUUUAACGUUGAUGAUGUUGUGGGUGAUCCAGCACCCAUCUGGGCUCUUGCUCGGCGCGCUGAGGAUAAACACCUGUGGCUCAUGCCAGACUUCGGAUUCUUCUCCUGGCCUGAGACAAAGGUGGGUAGUUGGAAUGAGGUGCAAAGCAAGAUCAUCUCCGACGAAGAGACUGCAUUGUACGACUGGACCAGCAAGGUUCAGAAAUUGUUCUGGCGCGGUGCAACCCUAGGACUGAGCAUUCGUGAACGGCUGGUUGCUGUUACAGAGCAACAGACGACAUGGGCUGACGUGAAAACUUUGACCUGGCGCGAUCCAGACUCGAUGGCGAACGAUCUAAAGACGAUGCCAGAGCAUUGUCAGUACAAGUAUCUCAUGCAUACGGAAGGUGUCUCCUACUCAGGUCGUCUCAAAUACUUGCAAAGUUGUCGAUCAGUCAUCAUCGCACAUUCCCUGGAAUGGAUUCAACACCACCACCAUCUGAUGCAUCAUUCUGGUCCGCAACAGAACUAUGUUCUUGUGCAGCGAGAUCUUGAGGACCUCCACGUCAAAGUACUACAGCUUCAAGAGAACGAUGAGGAGGCUCGAAGGAUAGCGGACAGCAAUGUCAAGACCUUCCGAGAACGUUACCUGACCCAAUCAGCAGAGACGUGUUAUUGGAGGAAGCUGAUACAUGGUUGGGCUAGUGUCAGUCAUGAGCCACGGUUUCAUGACGAGAAGAACGGAACAAAGGUCUGGCGUGGCCUCCCAAUCGAGUCGUUCUUUCUGGAACGAAAGAUGGAAUGGGAUCCCUACUAA